AUGGCGGGCUGGUUCACUUCGGUUUCGCCGUUCGAAGAGCAGGUCGAGAAGGCCACGGCCUCAUCCCUAGAAGAUAUCGCUUUAAAUCUCGAGAUUUCUGACUUGAUUCGAUCGAAAACGGUACAACCGAAGGAGGCAAUGAAAGUCCUCAAGAGAAGACUAGAGAACAAGAACCCGAAUGUGCAGCUGGCUACAUUAAAGGCUAGUUAUACUUGCGUAAAAAAUGGCGGCCGACAUUUCCUUCUCGAGAUUUCAUCCAGGGAGUUCAUGGACAAUAUCGUUUCGCUUCUGAAAACCCAAGGAGUCAACGCCCUUAACGACAACGUAAAAACGAAGAUACUGGACUUGAUUCAGAGCUGGGCUCUCGCAACCGAGUCGCGCGGUGAGCUGGCGUACGUGGGCGAAACGUAUCGGAAAUUACAAUGGGAGGGCUUUCAAUUCCCGCCCAAAACCGAGAUGGCUAGUAGCAUGCUCGAUAGUAGCGCGCCCCCCGAGUGGAUCGAUUCUGACGUUUGUAUGCGGUGUCGAACGUCAUUUACAUUUACCAACCGAAAACACCAUUGCCGUAAUUGUGGCAAUGUCUUUGAUGCCCAAUGCUCCAGCAAAACCUUGCCUUUACCACAUCUUGGAAUCGUACAACCGGUUAGAGUGGAUGAUGGUUGUUAUGCGAAACUUACCUCGAAGUCGUUUAACCCGCCGAGCCUGUCCACUAGACCUGGCUUUAAUAAAUCGCCAAAGACUAGUGUGCGGAUGGAACCUCGAGGAGGCCGUGCUGAGACGGAUUUCGAUGAAGACCUCAAACGCGCGCUUCAAUUGAGCCUAGAAGAGGUCAAAGGUAAAGGUCCUAGCGGCUAUGUGCCACAAUCCAAACCCGCUGUCCAAGUAGCGUCUUCAAACCUAAAUGGAACGACAAAUGAAGACGAAGAAGACCCCGAUUUGAAGGCAGCUAUUCAAGCUUCUUUGAGGGAUAUGGAAGAACAGAAAAGGAAACAUACUGCCGCUUUGAAGCAUUCGGCGUCUGCAGAUACGCACGUAUCGGGUGCCUCUGCGGCGAUGCUCCCUAAAAAGGACUACGAGCUAACAGCAGCUGAGGCAGAGAAGAUCAAUUUACUAGCGACACUCGUCGACCGGUUACAGCAUCAGCCCCCUGGAACUAUACUUAGGGAACCGCAGAUUCAAGAAUUAUAUGAAAGUAUAGGCGCCUUAAGGCCCAAACUUGCGCGGACAUACGGCGAGACAAUGAGUAAAUAUGACUUGCACGCGAAACUAUCGACUGUUGUUCGAUAUUAUGAUCGCAUGCUGGAAGAACGACUGUCGAACACCUAUGCACAACAAACACUUGGAGCCUAUGAUUCACUUCAGCCAGCCCAGUCCUCCACGAAUCUGUACCCAACUAUGCCUUCGCAAGUUUCAGAGAGCCAAGGAGGAGCGGAAAAUUUCUAUCUCGGGUCUAAUUCUGAGCGACAGUAUUCGGCACCGCAAGCUUACCCUACUAUGAGUCGGCAUUCGUCGAUGGAGCAUUCCUUUGACCAGCGUUCUCCAUCAUCAGCGGCUAUUCAGCCAUCAUCGAUGUAUACACACCCAGUUUCACAAUACAAUCACCAUCAUCAACCAUGGCACCACCCAACAGACCCUAAUUCUCCCAUUUCUACGCCGCAACAAGCUCGCCCAGUAUCUUACUUAAACCAACCUCCCCAACAAACGCUUCAUACGCACUCCGGGUUUCAAGCGAAGCAGGAUUCGGGGCAGGGUGCCAGCCAGCAUUUACCGUUAGCAGAGGGGCCAUAUUCCCAGCCGCCAUCUACGUUUCAGAGUUCGCAAUAUCCACAACAAUUGGCAACGCCGCAUUCGAGCCAGCCGCACCAGCAGCCUCCAACGGAAGUGGAAUCGUCGGCCUCGCAGGCAGGCCCCCUGCAGUCACCGCCUUCACCAUUCUUCUACCAUCGACCGCGUAUCCAGCCUGCAGUCUUGCAUCGUAGUUUGUCUUUGCGGUCCAUACCGGAAAAAUGGAUUUUUUGA